AUGGGGGAGCUUCCCAAGGAUAUGGAACAUGUGGAGCGGCGCGAACUGUAUAUCUCGCUCCCAGUUCGAGUCCAGUACCUCCAGCAAUUCCUUGAAUUCGGAGCAGACGAUGUCGUCGCCCUGAUCGAGGGACAGAAAUAUAUCAAAGCAAUUAUUCCAGCAAUCGUCAACAUGGUGUACAAGAAAUUGCUGAAGCACGACAUCACGGCCCGGGUCUUCAGUACGCGAGACAGCCGCGUUGAAGAAAACCCCUCCAAAUGGAUCAAAGAAGACGACGCCCAGAUCCGGCACCGAAAGAUGUUUCUGAGGUGGUACCUCACGAAACUCAACUCCGAUCCUAGCAAGAUGGAGUACUGGCAGUAUCUGGACAAAGUAGGGUUGAUGCACGUGGGCAAGGGACGCCGCAAUCCUCUCCAUGUGGACUACAUCUUUCUCGGUGCUUGCCUGGGGUACAUCCAGGACUCGAUGACGGAAGCCAUCCUCUCACACCCGCGGCUGGAGCUCACGCAAAAGAUCGCCAUCGUCAAGGCGAUCGGCAAGGUGAUCUGGAUCCAGAACGACUUGAUGGCGAAAUGGCACGUCGAGGACGGGCGAGAAUUCCUCGACGAAGAAAUUGAGGGGGAUUUGGAGGCCGAGGCGCGCGAGCCCGAAGGGUACCUCAACGGGAAGCGAAUCCUGGGCAAUGGCGGGGUGGGAGGCGAAGACGACGACAGCUCAUUUGUGGGCACCGUGUCGUCGACGUCGUCGGACAAGAGCACCACCAGUCUUGGCCGCACGAUGGAGCAGGUGCGUCUGUCCAAUGAACAGCAAAAGAUGACCUGUCCCUUCAGCGGCAUGGUGAGCACCGGCGCAGAGGACAUGGAGAAGCAGCGAGCCGCCACGUGGCGACCGAGCCGGCGAGAGCUGUUGCAGUCCGACCCGGCGUCGCCUCCUCGUCCUCCGACGGGUAUCCCGCGACUCAGGGUGAUUGAUGGGAAGACAAGCUGUAAGGAGAAUUUGGAUCUGAAUCCGUUCGCAUAA